AUGCCAACGAACGGUCACGAUAAUAUAGAUGUGGCGGAUUUGCCACCAACCGCCUCGGAAAUGACUACAGAUAGUAAUAACAACAACCAGGGGGGCGGUUUAUUCGAAACCAUAUUUUGCAUUAUGGUGUUCAAUGCCAUAUUGGAGUACUCAAGAAAAUUCCCAAAAUCUCUGAGGAAGGUUAUAGAAUUUGUACUUUUAUUACAGGCUGUCUUAUCAUUUGUUGUACUCGUGUAUCUACACAUAAAUUUUUCACGAAUGCAAGCCAACUGUUUAGGCCAUGUUAAAGACGUAUGGCCUAGAGACGGUAUACUCAGAGUGGAAAUUAUUCGAAAUUUUCAACACAGCCAUGCAGAACAAACAGGCACGAUGAACGAAUUGUUAGGAAAAUCUUAUGAACGUGAAUACAAGUUAAAACAUAUGGGUGAAGAAAAUGCAAAAUUAUUCAACCGCUUCACUAAAACUAAUAGUCCCGAGAAAAAAGGAGAUAUUGAUAUUGAACAAUCAACAGAAAAGUUAGUUGAAAAUAAAUCUGGAGAAACUAACACUAAGUUAUUCAACUACUUAUCAUUUACAGAUUACACAUACUUUGAAGGUAAAAUUUAUUCUAAGUAA